GUCUAGGCCACCUGCACCAACCUCCUCCUUCUACUGCCACCACUUUCUCUCUCUACCUCUCUACUCUCUCUCUCGCUAGCUCUUCUCAUCAUUAUCUACCCUCUUUUCAUCGCGUUUCCCUGCUAAAUGCUCCAGCUCAAAUCCCUAAUUUUUUCAAUUCCCAAUAGCGCCGCCGUACAAUCCGCACCCAUGGCCGAUUAACCACCUUAUUUCUCGUCGUUUGUGUAUGUGUGUGUGUGUGUGAAUUUUGUGUUUCGGGUAAUUGUAGAGGAAAUAGGCGGAGAUGACAGGAGGCGCGCGGAUGCCGACGUGGAAGGAGAGGGAGAACAACAAGCGGCGCGAGCGGCGGCGGAGGGCGAUCGCGGCCAAGAUAUUCGCCGGACUCCGGCUGUACGGAAACUACAAGCUCCCCAAGCACUGCGACAACAACGAGGUGCUCAAGGCCCUCUGCGGCGAGGCGGGCUGGACGGUUGAGCCCGACGGGACCACCUAUCGCAGGGGAUGCAGACCAGCCGAGAACUUGGACAUGGGGUCCUUAUCCGCGAGCCCGUGCUCAUCCUACCAACCGAGCCCCCACACCUCAUACAAUCCGAGCCCGGCCUCCUCUUCUUUUCCGAGCCCUGCCUCGUCAGCAUACCCUCCCUCCAUACUCGCCGAUGGCAACUCCCUUAUCCCCUGGCUCAGAAACCUCUCCUCCUCAACCGCCACGUCAGCAAAGUGCCACCUCAUCCACGCGGGCUCCAUCAGUGCCCCUGUGACCCCUCCCUUGAGUUCCCCCACGGCCCGUACCCCACGACUCGGUCUCGACUGGGAUAACGGGCCCUUUGCAAGGCCCGGAUGGGCCGGGCCCAAACACCCGUUCCUCCCUCUGUCGACUCCUCCGAGCCCGGGCCGGUGGCUGGCCGGAGCCCAGAUCCAGCAAAGCGGGCCGGCCUCGCCGACUUUCAGCCUCGUCUCGGCGAACCCGUUUGGGUUCACGGCGGAAGAUCUGUCGCGGGCCGGGCCCAUGGUGACGUGUACUCCGGGCCAGAGUGGAACGUGCUCGCCGGCUGUGGGUGGUGGCAGGGGUUCGGAUGUCCCGAUGGCUGAUGUGGGCCCGAACGAGUUUGCUUUCGGGAAUGACGUGGCGGUUGGGCUCGUGAAGCCGUGGAAAGGGGAGAGGAUACACGAGGAAUUUGGGUCGGAUGAACUCGAGCUCACUCUCGGAAGCUCGAAAACGAGAUUACCCCAAAUCAUAUUCAAUUCAAGUUCACAUUACAAAGUCCCGGUAGGAAGCCUACUAGCCGAGCUCUCGUCUUUGCUCUCGACUGAAACCGACGAGUCGACCCACGACCUGUCUAUCGAGACUCCAUCUUGA